AUGUGCUUUUUUAUGAUAAUUUUCACAAUUCUUCCAUCAGUUUUUGCUGACGACAAUAAAAUGGAUUGCGUGGUAAGGAGAAUUUUUAGAAAUUUAUAAAAAUUCAAUUUGAAAAAAAUCCUGAAAAAUGCACGCUUCAAAAAAUUGAUAAAUUGAGCAAAAUUCGCAUAAAUUGUUUUGUACAUUUUGUACAUUUUCCAGAAAUUUCAUAUGUAUUUCAAACUAAAGUGCUAGGAUUUCAGUUUCUAUUUUUUAAAUUUUGAUUUCUCGUUCUAAGCUGUAUUGAAAUAGUUGGAAAAUCACAUAAGUCCAUACAAUUUUUGAAACAGUAAAUGAUUUUUACAAAGUAAUUUUUUGCGUAGCCUAAUUUCAAAAAUACAUUUCCCAUUUUUUCUCAGGGCCACAACUGCCUUCAAGAAAUCUCUCAAUCAGCUCUUGAUGCCAAGAAGCACGAUUUUGAAAACACUCUAUGUCUUCUGCUUUUCGGAAUUUGUCUUAUGCUCUUCGGACUUUUCGUCGAAUUGCAUUAUUUGACACGUGGAAUGAGAAGGUCUGUAGAAAAGUUCACUCCAAAAAAAUGAAAAAUUAAUCUUGCAGAAUUCCACGUCGCUACGCAAACUACGGACCUCCAUCACUUCAACAAAUUUGA